AUGCCUGCAACCAAGAGGUGGCACUUUGAGUUUCUCGUGGGUGGAGUCAGUGGUAUCACUGUGUACAAGAAUGGUGCAAGGAUUAAGAGCUACAAACUCCCAAAUCGCCCAGUCUUGGAAAGUGUAUAUUCAAUAGGUACUCCUUCUACUAGAAAGACUUGUGAUAAGGUUAAAGAAUACCUAGAUCAAGCCAUUGAGGUCACAUUUAAAUGCAAGACUACUGUGCUCCUGAACCGGAAGGAGUUUGAAUGGAAUAAAUCAGCAUUUUGUCGACUGUUGAGGCUGUCUCCUGGGGCGAGAGCAGUCGACUUCAUUCAAGUCUUCAACCAACUGACAAAGUUCAAUUCUGACCGAGGCUUCUUAGUUCCUGUAAGCCCCCUGCCCACCAGUUCGGAGUUGCUAACUGAGGAGGCGUUGUCUGAUGGUGGUGACUCUGAGGAUGACCACCCGCUGUCUUCAUUGACAAGUACCCAAAGCAUAGACGGCAGCCACCAACUUGGAGAAAAGAGAAGUCAGCAGGAGGAGGAAGUAUCGAGAAAGAGGAUGAAGCACAAAGAUACUAUGGACGAUGCGAUCUUCACCAAGAAGAUUGGAACUAUUGAUCUCCAGCUGAGAAACCUCUCAGAACCCAAAACACAACGCUGUUUAAGAACGGUUGACACUGUAUUUGUGGAGGAACUAGUGAAGAAGUUCACUAAGGAUCCCUCUGCUCCAGGUGUACCUCCGAUUGCUGUUCUGUGCAUUUCUGUCGAGAGCAUAGAUGUGUUUGACACCAACAGAGUGGACGCCUAUAAGUACGAGCUGCUUGGAGGCCAGCAUACAGCCUUGGCAAGAAGGAUAGUAGCAGCCAAGUCUCCAGACAAUACGUUGCUACAGACUGUCCUUGCUGAGGUGUAUGUUGGUCUGACAGACGAUGAAGCACUUAGGCUCGCCUCUCGCCACAACACAAAUAGUCAUUUUAUCCACAAGAUGACACAUCGGGACUAUCUUGAGGCCUGCCGAUCGAAACUGUUUUCAAUGUGCGGUAAGGCUCCUGAGGAGGAAACCCCAAAAGACUCGGUGGAAUGGAAGGAUGUGUGCAAGCGAUGCAUUUUACCUCAGGAUAUGGGCCGCUGCACAAUGGAGAAUAUCUUUAAGCAGGCAAGCUUUACUAAGGAAGUCUGGGCAUUGGCCGUAUCGGUCAUGAACUUGUACGAGGAGGGGGAGCUGAAAGACCAGACCCUCUCAACAAAAUCUCUGACUACAAAGCCCGAGUUUAAGCAGCAAAAUUUUAGCCCAAUCCAGUGCCUUCCUGAUGAGUUCAAGCUGGAAAUGUUAUCAAAGGUUUCAAGCAGUGAGCUAAGCCUUGCCGAAUUAAAGGAAGAAGCUACCAGCUACAGAUCAAGAAAGUCUCUGCAAAGGGCUUUUUGCAAGUAA